AUGGUUGUGGAUAUCUAUGAGAGUAUUGAUGUUGUUAGAGGUCAUGACCCCGACUCUGAAGGAACUGACACAAAGAAAGACCCAGACUCAGAUCCACAUACUGGUGGAGACACUACAUGGAGAAUAUGUUACAGAGUGACUACAGUGUGUCUGGUGCUGCUGUGUGUUCUCCUGCUGUCUGCCAUCACACUGCUGUGGAUCGAAUACAACAUCCUGAAUACAGAAAACAUCCAGUUACAGACCAGUUACAACAACCUGACUAUAGAGAGAGACCAGUUACAGACCAGUUACAACAACCUGACUAUAGAGAGAGACCAGUUACAGACCAGUUACAACAACCUGACUAUAGAGAGAGACCAGUUACAGACCAGUAACAAAAACUUAACCACAGAAAGAGACCAGUUACAGAAGGAAAAAAAGGAAGUCCAGAAGCUUCUAAAACGAGGAUGGGUCCAUGUCAGCUCCAGUAUUUACUACAUCUCUACUGAAAACAAGACCUGGACUGAGAGCAGACAGGACUGUAUAAAGAGAGGAGCAGACCUGGUGAUCAUAAACAGCAAAGAGGAACAGGAGUUUAUCAAAAAGCAGCUGAGCAGCAGAAAAGCUUGGAUUGGUCUGAGUGACACAGUCAGAGAGGGCGAGUGGAAGUGGGUGGACGAUACACGACUGAGCACCAAGUUCUGGAUAAGUGGAGAACCCAACGGUAAAAAAACCGAAGACUGUGUUGUAACUGGUCAUAAAACUGAUCCUGUGUGGAACUGGGCUGAUUAUCCCUGUAAUGAUAAGUUUGUUUGGAUCUGUGAGAAGACAAUCUUUAACUGAACUGCUGUAUGUGAAUAAAAAGCAGUAAAUUGAAUGUACAUGUGUAUCUGUGUGUGUGAGUGUGUU